AACAUUGUCACAUGAUCACAAUCUAUAAAGUCUAAACAAAUGUGGGCGUUCGACACAUCUUGAGAUACGUUGACAAACAUGCAUCUUUCAGUAAUUUUGCUAUUAUGUGCAUGCUGCACUGUUUGGUCAGCGAGCGUAAGUCGCCCAAACAUUAUUUUCAUCCUCGCUGACGAUUACGGAUUCCAUGAUGUCGGGUAUCACAACUCGGAAAUAAAAACUCCAAACCUUGACAAGCUGGCUGCAGCCGGGGUGAAGCUAGAAAACUAUUAUGUCCAGCCAAUCUGCAGCCCCACACGGAGCCAGUUCAUGUCAGGGAGGUACCAGAUUCACACUGGUUUACAACAUGGCAUCAUCUGGGCCUCUCAGCCUUUCGGCCUGCCAUUGGGUAGCGCCACAAUAGCAGACAGAAUCAAAGCAGCAGGUUACUCAACAUAUGCUGUUGGCAAAUGGCAUCUAGGUUUCUUCAAGAACGCAUACCUCCCUAACAACAGGGGAUUCAACUCAUUCUAUGGUUAUCUGACUGGUAGUGAGGACUACUACACACACCACCGCUGUGACAACCACCAAACCGAUUACCAUUUGUGUGGCACUGACCUUCGUGAUAAUCUAAAGCCAGUUCUCAACGAAAGUGGUCGCUAUUCAACACAACUGUUUACAGAGAAGGCUGUCGAUGUGAUCAAGAAUCAUGAUAAGUCAAAACCAUUCUUCCUGUACCUGGCCUAUCAAUCAACGCACGCCCCCCUUCAGGUUCCCGGCAAAUACUUGAGCCAAUACAGCCAUAUCCAGGACACGCAGAGACGCACUUAUGCUGGGAUGACCUCAUGUAUGGAUGAGGGGAUCGGGAACGUCACAGCAGCUCUCACUGCUACUGGCCAGUUGGAUAACACUCUCAUUGUAUUUUCCACCGACAAUGGGGGUCAGGUUCAUGAAGGAGCAAACAACUGGCCACUGAGGGGAAUGAAGGCAACAUUAUGGGAAGGAGGGUCCCGUGCUGUCGGGUUUGUGUAUGGAAAGAUGCUGAAACAUAAAGGAACUGUCAAUAAUGAGCUGAUCCAUGUCACUGAUUGGUUCCCUACAUUGGUGGGUGUGGCUGGUGGGACCACCCAUGGAACAAAGCCUCUGGAUGGAUAUGACCAAUGGACGACCAUCAGUGAAGGUGGGAAAAGCCCCAGGAAGGAGAUCUUACAUAACAUUGACCCUCUGACUCAUCCCAUGGGACAAAAGCUGUAUAACAACACCUUUGACACACGGAUCAGAGCAGCUAUACGAGUAGGAAACUGGAAGCUCAUCACUGGAAAUCCAGGUGACGGCAGCUGGACCCCACCUCCACAUCUCAAUAAGGAGGUUAUUGUUGAAAAGGAAGAUGCGGCAAAGAAUCUAUGGCUGUUCGACAUAGCACACGACCCAACAGAACACGUGGACUUGUCAUCAACAAACCAGGGCGUUGUUAAGAACCUGUUGGCUCGACUUGCCCACUACCAGAGCACAGCUGUCCCCCCUGUCUACCCUCCUGCUGACCCCAAGUCUGACCCCAAACUACACGGAGGGGUGUGGGGGCCGUGGCAGUAACUAUAUGUUACCCUCCACUCAGCCUUUGGUAUGAGCAGGUUGUUCAUGUUGUCUCCAACUUGAUUUGUCUCUUUCCUGGUAUAAACUGUUAUUGAUCAACUGAAAAAACAGUCGUAAGUAAGGAAGUACCUUUUAGAUGUGUUUAGAAUGGUACGCUAUAUAAUCGCCGUAGUUAAUUCAUAAUGGAUCGUAAUGGCGCACGCUUACUAACCUAUUAAAUGU